GGUUGCGGUCCGGCAAUUAUUUCCGAUCGCUCACCGAUCAACUGCCGGAGUCUGAGAAUUCACUUACAAUGGAGGGAUUUCUGCAUCACAUGGCACCACAGUUUUUGCAUCCAGCACUCCAAAGCUUUGGAUGCGGAGCCUUUCGACCCAUAGGUGGCGCCUUCCACCCACUUUACCCAGGAAAGGCAUUUGCAAGGCAUCUUGGCGAACAAUAUGCUCUUGGCCAAAGCGUCGGACAAGCUCUCCGGAGCGUUCGAGACGACAGUAGCACUCCCCCUCUAUACCGGCACACGUACACGGUGCGUGAUGAUACUAGCUCACCCGGCUCAGCUGCAUCGGCCUCCCCGCGGCCCUGUAAAGAUGACGAACCAACUGUUACCGCUCCCUGUUCUGAUUCCCAUGAUUUAUUCUCACCGGAUGGCGAACGAAAAUCAGCUUGUGGGGUUUGUGGUGCACGACUGGGGCCGGGCGUGGCGCAAGCCCACUUCUUGCAGGAGCUGCAACAUUUGUAUAGUCUGACUGCAUUGCCGAGAGACGUGUCCGCGCCACCUACGCACUCUCUGCAUCACCAAGAUGAAGAUGCCCGUUGGGAGACGUAUCAACGAAUCCGGGCGAACCGACAACGCCGCUUGAAGCUACGCACGCGCAAACGCCACCACACGGUCGAGAGCAUGCUGGGCUACGACCUGGAUGACGACCGGCGAGAGGAGCGCCCGCGCGAGAACCGCUCCUAUGACGCUGAAGAUGAGCCUGUCGAUGUGGAGGGUGACUCCCUCGGCUGGCCCGAUGCGGCUAUCACUAUCGAUGAUAAAGAUCAACGAAGUGAGAGCGACAAAUUACAUUUGAAUUAUUCCGAAGAUCUGGAAAUAUCCAGCACUAAUGAUGCUAUGCAGUCGCCUGAGCGCGUAAGCUCAGUUCCUCGCAUCGAGACUCCAAAGCCGCUGUCUUUGGAGUGUGCAAAGGCUGAAAAUUUGGAGCGUCCAGCCGAAGUGACCACUUCUGACUGGGCUGGAGGCGCCCCGCCGGAGAACUGGCCCGCUCUGACUGAGGCCUACGCCCACACUCGCCAUAAACUUGAUGGCGAAAUGCCCUCUUCCACCGACUCACGCAACUAAUUUUAUCGACUAUGAUUUGGGUUCAAAGUGGUGAUAGUACGAGUAUAUCAAAUUAAAAUUAAAUGAAUAAAUAGGCCAAAGAUACUUUCAACGUUUCUGUAUAAUAAAAAAUGUUGAAAAGUUUUGAAUUUGCAGCCAUUAGACAAAUAAGAAAUAUAUGAAAAUAAAUGAAAAAUGAAAAAUACUUUAAACUCUCAUUCAAGUCUACUGGAUAAUAUCAUCACUUUGAAUGACAAAGCAUAUGCAGCAGGAAUGUAACUCGCACAUUUUCGUUUCUAGAUUCCACUUUAUGCCUGCAAAUUAGUACUUAUAGGCUAUAUCGUGUUU